CCGACAAAUUCAGGUUAAAAUUGCAAAGCAGUGAGUAGAGCUGAGUAUUUGUUUUUUUUCCUAAAUCAUUACUUUUUGCCUAAAUGUUGCGCUUUUUUUUUUAUAUUCAUUGCAAUUUGCUGAUUUAGGGAAGAAACUCUUUGGAGAAGACGGCGAACAAGUCAGAACAGGAUGAGUCAUGGAGAGUUGCUUAGAAAAGAGGGGCUUUCUCGAAAAAGAGGAACACCCCAGUUAUGCAAUCCCGGCUUACAGACACCACUUAAAUUGUAGAAAUGGCUACAAUGAGUGAGGAGCAUGAGGGAAGGAAAGAACACCUAGAUCAGGUAUUCAUACGAUACUGUGAGGUCAUCCCUAUCACAUGACACCACUCCCUGUUUUGAUGUUUGCAUACAACUGCUUCUAUUUCCUAUUUGGUGGCAGGCAAUGCAACCCAUAUAGCAGGUCAGACAGCUCAGUACGAACCAGGUGUUUUAUCCUCAUUUCUGCCUCUUCCUACUACAGACAGGGUAGGUGAGCAUCCAACUCAGGUAAGUCCUAUCAGCUGGCAUGCUAUUGAUAUUUUCAAUUUUUUUUCAGUGUUAAUAAUAUUGGUUUUCCACCAGGAAAUUACACAUUUUUGCCACAAUAGCUGAUCUGGAAACAACUGACUUGAUAUUUUUCAUUCCAGAUAUUUUGACUUUAGAUUAAAUUACUGGAUUUAUUCCUUAUAAUUCACAGUUCAGUGAAUAAUCCUGAUACGAUAUGAUGAUCUGGGAAAGAAAACCAGCCAUGCUUUUAUCACACACUCUGUAUUAUUGUGUUCAAAAGGGGAUUUUUCAGAAACUGAGAAUAGGGGAGAACUUAACAUUUUAGCAAACUAGCGAAUUUGUUUCAGUUUGGUUGUUUUGGGUAAAAAUACCCUAUCCCCUUGCCAAGUCCCAGUAACUGGGUUUGUCAAUAGAUCCCAAAACAUUUGUGCCAGUCUGUAAGUUGGCAUGGCGGUCAUGUGAGGGUUAGAUCUAAUUACACAAUAGAUAUAUGACGGACACUUCCUGUUAUGUACAAACCUGAUUUAAUAGAAACUGUGAUUAAAACAAACACCUAGGAACGAGAUUGUGGCUGUAAACCAAUCACAUGGGAAUUAUGUAUAUCAUUUCUUAGACAAUGACUCAUGGUUUUAUUUACUAAAUAGAGUUUAAAAAAAAUUGUAGUCCAUUUAAAACAUAAUUUUAAAAUGUAGGCCAGCAUGGCUGAUUUGGAAAAAAAUCUCAACUAUAGUCAUCACUUGUGUAUUUUACGCUGAGUUUUCAAUUCUGCUUUCAGUUCACCACAAUUCACUGGUUAAUCAAUAGAGCUGGCAGUGUUCAGUUCCCUGGAAUACAGUAGAUUGAGGAACAUAGUCCCUCUCUAGCAUCAAAUGGGUUAAAUACUAAGACACAGAGGGAAAAGUUAACACUGUAAAGUUACUGUGAUUUGUCUGUCCAGUCUAUAUCUUUCUCAUGCCUAUAGGCACACAUUGUAUAACUUGCUCUAUACUGCCUAUAGGCACACAUUGUAUAACUUGAUCUAUACUACCUAUAGACACACACUGUAUAGCUUGCUCUAUACUGCCUAUAGGCACACACUGUAUAGCUUGCUCUAUACUGCCUAUAGGCACACACUGUAUAACUUGCUCUAUACUGCCUAUAGGCACACACUGUAUAGCUUGCUCUAUACUGCCUAUAGUCACACAUUGUAUAACUUGCUCUAUACGGCCUAUAGGCACACAUUGUAUAACUUGCUCUAUACUGCCUAUAGGCACACACUGUAUAGCUUGCUCUAUACUGCCUAUAGGCACACACUGUAUAACUUGCUCUAUACUGCCUAUAGGCACACACUGUAUAGCUUGCUCUAUACUGCCUAUAGUCACACAUUGUAUAACUUGCUCUAUACGGCCUAUAGGCACACAUUGUAUAACUUGCUCUAUACUGCCUAUAGGCACACACUGUAUAGCUUGCUCUAUACUGCCUAUAGGCACACAUUGUAUAACUUGCUCUAUACUGCCUAUAGGCACACACUGUAUAGCUUGCUCUAUACUGCCUAUAGGCACACACUGUAUAGCUUGCUCUAUACUGCCUAUAGACAUACACUGUAUAGCUUGCUCUAUACUGCCUAUAAGCAUACACUGUAUAGCUUGCUCUAUACUGCCUAUAGGCACACACCAUAUAGCUUGCUCUAUACUGCCUAUAGGCACACACCAUAUAGCUUGCUCUAUACUGCCUAUAGGCACACACUGUAUAGCUUGCUCUAUAUGGCCUAUAGGCACACACUGUAUAGCUUGCUCUAUAUGGCCUAUAGACACACACUGUAUAGCUUGCUCUAUACUUCCUAUAUACACACACUGUAUAGCUUGCUCUAUACUGCCUAUAGGCACACACUGUAUAGCUUGCUCUAUGCUGCCUAUAGGCACACACCAUAUAGCUUGCUCUAUACUGCCUAUAGGCACACACCCUAUAACUUGCUCUAUACUGCCUAUAGGCACACACCGUAUAGCUUGCUCUAUACUGCCUAUAUACACACACUGUAUAGCUUGCUCUAUACUGCCUAUAGGCACAUACUGUAUAGCUUGCUCUAUACUGCCUAUAGGCACACACCAUAUAGCUUGCUCUAUACUGCCUAUAGGCACACACCGUGUAGCUUGCUCUAUACUGCCUAUAGGCACACACCAUAUAGCUUGCUCUAUACUGCCUAUAGGCACACACCAUAUAGCUUGCUCUAUACUGCCUAUAGGCACACACCGUAUAGCUUGCUCUAUACUGCCUAUAGGCACACACCAUAUAGCUUGCUCUAUACUGCCUAUAGGCACACACCGUAUAGCUUGCUCUAUACUGCCUAUAGGCACACACCGUAUAGCUUGCUCUAUACUGCCUAUAGGCACACACCAUAUAGCUUGCUCUAUACUGCCUAUAGGCACACACUGUAUAGUUUGCUCUAUACUGCCUAUAGGCACACACUGUAUAGCUUGCUCUAUACUGCCUAUUGGCACAAACUGUAUAGUUAAUAUCUUUCUCUAUUCUACCCACAGGCUCACACUGUAUAGCUUAUAUCUUGUCCUGUACAGAUUGUAGGCACACAGUGAAUAGAUUGCUCCCUAUCUGAGGUUCUCUCUGCAGUCAUUAAUGUAAACAUUAAUUGCAUAGAACUUUCCGUCUUGUCAGCUGAUCCGACUUUUGGCUUGGAAGUCAAAGACCAGUCUUUCCAGUUCCAAGUGUCCGCCUUUUUCCCCUAGUGAGCCGUGAGGACUGUACAGAGACUUCUGGUAGUAAUAAUAAACAAACCUACCCAUCAGCAUUCUUAUAUGGCAGACUAACAUUUUAGCUGUGCAUCACCCACAAUGGACAUAUCUAACCAAUUAUCUAAGAUAAAUAUGGGGAAAUAUGUGAUAGAGCAAAGAAAAGUUGAGUAACAUAAACUAGGAAAUGUACAAUAAAAACAAAACAAAUACCAAUAAUGAAUAAUACAGUGGUUGUUAAACGGGCUCUUUAAUCGCCUUCAGCUCAGCUCAGCGCAGUGGUUAUAGUGCUAUAAGUCACCUUUUCUGUUAUGUAAUUUUGGAACAAUAGAAUAAAAAAUGGGGCUGUCCCCAGCAGCCAUAAUCCGUACCCUCUGAAGAAUCGAUACAAAUCUGACCUACCUUGGACAAAGAUGAUUGAGAUCACAGACCUUAGAAUUUUGUUUCCUCAAAAAGAGAAUUAUAGGAAAGUUAUGUUCAAUCGUUUUCCCAUGAUCCAAAUAAAAGCUUAUUCUCUGUUAUCAAAGAAAAUGUUGCACUAAAACUGCCAGCCAUCAAAUCCCAAGGAAGUUGUGUAGUGAGAAUGGAAUGUGCAUUUUAUUUCUCAGUGGAGCGAAUGUGUUCUACUAUUGUCAACUUUUAUGUGUAAUGUAUGAAGAGGACAUCUCCUAUGGAAUGGUAUUAAGGUUCUAUUAACCUUUCAGAAAUGAAUUGAGAGAGAGUGCUCGAAUUUGAGUUACCUGGAAUUGAAUCUGAAUUUGGGGAUAGGCGUGGAACAAUAAAGUAUCAGUCUAAGAAGGAAAAAUAUGUAAUAUUUGCAUGGUAGAUAAUCAAAAACUCUGUAUGCAUCUAGCCAAAUGGCUAAAAUGUUUUUUGAAGGAAUUGUUCAUAUCUGCCACAGCAUAUUAUUUUGGGACUCUAAUUCAAAGAUAGGGAGUCGUCUCUUGGAGUUAGUUGGACAGGGAAUGCUGUCUUGGAGUUAGUGAGACAGGGAAUGCUGUCUUGGAGUUAGUGAGACAGGGAGUCCUCUCUUGGAGUUGGUCGCACAGGGAGUCCACUCUUGGAGUUGGUCGGACAUCAGACUCCCAGUGAUCUUAACCUUGGCUGUGUUUGUGUGAUAUGUUACUCGUUGGUUAUGGAAGGUCCCAUGAAUUUCCUGCUUCAGCCUUUAUAGCAGUACCAGAAUGAGCAGUAUUGCAGUCUUUCCAUAAAAUGUGUUUAUUUACAGCUACAAAUUGCUUUUUGCUUAUGUCCACAGGAAGAGUCACGAUGCUGGGGUCUGGGUUUAAAGCGGAUCGACUAAAGAUCAAUCUAAGACUGGCCAUGAACCGGCUGAAGCUGCUUGAGAAGAAGAAAAGUGAGCACAUUCUAGAUCAUGGCUAAGUCUAAUUAUAUAAUUUAUCUAAAGAGUGCUGUGUCUCUGUGGUUUGUGAACCCAUUUCAAAUGUUGUGUGUUUGUGUGUGCCCCUAGCUGAGAUCGCACAAAAAGCCAGGAAGGAGAUUGCAGAUUACUUGUCCUCUAAGAAGUUUGAUCGAGCACGGAUCCGUGUAGAGCACAUUAUUCAAGAAGAUAACCUUGUGGAGGCCAUGGAGAUUCUAGAGAUGUUCUGUGACCUGCUCCUUGCCCGAUUUGGUCUAAUUCAGUGUAUGAAGUAAGUGCCCAGAAUGGCCCAUUCAACACCCAAUAGAAAUACAGUGAUGGUAGUGGGUGUAAAGCUAGUUUAUUUUAAGAAAGGGACCACAAACAGCUUGCUUCAUACUUUCGCCCAAAAGCAGUAUGAUUCAGAAUGUUUAGUUCCAUAGAAUCGCGGAUAAGUGCAGCUGGGGAACCGACUGGGAACGGCAAGGUUUUCAUGCCGAAAAUAGUUCCAGGGCAUUCGCAGCUAAAUCCCCCUGAAGUCUAUUUGCGGUUUUGCUCCAUGUGAACAAGAUGGCCGCCACCACGUGAUCAAAUGGCACUUCGAAAGUUCGAUUUGUUCCUGCUAGAAGUCCAAGAGGCACAACCAGAGUCUUUAACCCAAAAUUCAUUACAGGGGCCAUAGUCACAGGGCAAGAGGCUGGCAAGUAUGAACCUCCAAGAACCCAUGACAAGGUCCAGUUUGUCACAGAAUCUAAAAUGAGUAUUUAAAAUUAUUAUUUAUAAAGAGCCAAUCAAAAAUGGAAAUGACAUGUACUGUCAAUACAUUAUUUAAAAGAUAAAAUAUACCUGGGAGGCAGCUUCAUAAGAAAGUGGCUCAACCUAUUAGGAGCCUCUCCUUUUAUGAAGAUGAGAUGUGAACUUAAUCCUACACUCUUGUCCAGCAGUGGAUUAAAAGAUAUGUAGUUCAGCUCAUGUUAGCAGUUCAUGAUUUAGAUUUGAUGAGUGGGCAUGUUGAACAUGUUGAUAGUAGCUAAACUGAGGCUCCUACUAGCCUUUGGACACAGUUUUGCGAAUGGAGCUGUACAGUGAACUCUCACAGAGUGGGUGGACAUGUGUGCAGCUGAUACUUUGAAUCUCUCACUGAAUAUGUAUGGAGAGAUGGAGUGUACACCUCAAACAAGUACUGGGAACAGGAUAAAAUAUAGCUUCAUCCUUUGACGUCUAAGGCCAUUUGGGCAGGCUUCUACCUGUGUGAGUUCUGCAAAUUGCAAUUAUGUUUAAAGAGUCAGGGUUGAAGGUUUCUAUUGUACCAAAGCCUGUGCAAGGAGUGUAAAUUAUGGUCUUGAAAUGUCCAUUUACAUCUGCACAGCAUAUUUGUAAUUAAGUAUAUAUUCAUCUGUUGUAUAUUAUGAUUAAUUUACAGCCACCUUCUGAAAGGGCAUAGAUGGGUUUUUCAUGCAUUUGAUCCUCACCUUUGCAAGCCCUCCCCUUCCAACCCCGCCCAGACUUUCUGUGUUUGUCCAAUCACAGACUCCCAAUGCAGCUCAGUGAGAAGUCUUUGCAAGGCAGGUGCUCUGGGCAAUCGCUGCCUCGAGUUUAGUUCCACUGAUAUAAAAGGACCAGUUGUCUGACAAUUUCUUCAGAAAUUUGGACAUUUUGUAAAGUGAAAAAAAGAGGAUACACUCUUCACACAUAAAGUAUUUCAGCGAGCUCAAGUGCUUCAGCUGUUUGGAGCAUUUACUUAAUAUGCAUUAAUAGAAUACUAAUGGCCUGUGUUUCUUCUGUGAUGAUGUGAUUUUAUUGGCCAGGAGUUUUGAUAUAAUGAGUUUUAUCUGUACAGACAAGUGGACCCUGGCCUGUCAGAAGCUAUCUCCUCUCUGAUCUGGGCCGCCCCACGUCUCAUGGAAGUAACUGAGCUAAAGACGGUGAGUAAAGGAGACACCUGUAAGCUACCUGUAAGCUACCUGUAAGCUUUGCAUUGGGUAUGAGUGUGUGCACGGCUGGACUCUAAGGGUCUGGGUCGUCAGUAUACUUAUUCUGUGUAUGUAUAGGUUUUUCAUUAUUAAUCCUUCAACUGUUGGUAAGCUUCAAAUGACAUCAUGCAUCAGUAAAUGUGGGACUACAGCUCACAUCAUGCAUCAGUAAAUGUAGGACUACAGCUCACAUCAUGCAUCAGUAAAUGUGGGACUACAGCUCACAUCAUGCAUCAGUAAAUGUGGGACUACAGCUCACAUCAUGCAUCAGUAAAUGUGGGACUACAGCUCUCAUCAUGCAUCAGUAAAUGUAAGACUACAGGUCACAUCAUGCAUCAGUAAAUGUGGGACUAUAGCUCUCAUCAUGCAUCAGUAAAUGUGGGACUACAGCUCACAUCAUGCAUCAGUAAAUGUGAGACUACAGGUCAUAUCAUGCAUCAGUAAAUGUGGGACUAUAGCUCUCAUCAUGCAUCAGUAAAUGUGGGACUACAGCUCUCAUCAUGCAUCAGUAAAUGUGGGACUACAGCUCACAUCAUGCAUCAGUAAAUGUGAGACUACAGGUCACAUCAUGCAUCAGUAAAUGUGGGACUAUAGCUCUCAUCAUGCAUCAGUAAAUGUGGGACUACAGCUCACGUCAUGCAUCAGUAAAUGUGGGACGACACUAUAUUCCGUUUUUUUUUUCUCCUUCUUUAGGCCAGACCUAUACCUUGUGAAGAGGGUCACAGUCAGACAUACAGUUUGUGACAAGGAUCUGAUGAAAUGUGACAAUGUUAAUAUUUUUGCAGGUGGCAAGUCAGCUGUCUAACAAAUACAGCAAAGAAUAUGGCAGUCUGUGCAGAACAAAUGAAAUUAAAACCGUCAGUGAGCGAGUGAGUAUACACUCCAAUAUUCAUUCACUGUUUGAUAUCAUGCUUAGAGGACCAUUUAAUAAUUAUUGCUUGGAAUAAGACACAAAAUCCAAGAUUUGUUUUUAGCAGUUUCUGUGUAAUAUUUGUAGCACAGUUUGCUCUUUCAUUGACACUAAUGAGCAGGGAUAUCAAAACCUUAAACGAAAUAUCUGUACUUAAAGGGGGUGCAGGUUAGACAAUAUGCAAUAUAUCUUGGGGCUAUAUAAAACAAAUAUUUAAAGACAUAUAGUGCUUUUGUUAUGUUUGAAUAAAACAAAAUGAAGAUUAUCACACAUUCUCCAGAACAUUUUCAUUAAGGUUAUCACACUCACAUUCAGCAGAACAUUUUCAUUAAGAUUAUUGCACUCACAGAACAUUUUCAUUAAGGUUAUUGCACUCACAUUCUGCAGAACAUUUUCAUUAAGGUUAUCACACUCACAUUCAGCAGAACAUUUUCAUUAAGAUUAUUGCACUCACAGAACAUUUUCAUUAAAGUUAUUGCACUCACAUUCUGCAGAACAUUUUCAUUAAGGUUAUCACACUCACAUUCAGCAGAACAUUUUCAUUAAGGUUAUUGCACUCACAUUCAGCAGAACAUUUUCAUUAAGGUUAUUGCACUCACAUUCAGCAGAACAUUUUCAUUAAGGUUAUCGCACUCACAUUCUGCAGAACAUUUUCAUUAAGGUUAUGACAUUCACAUUCAGCAGAACAUUUUCAUUAAGGUUAUCACACUCACAUUCUGCAGAACAUUUUCAUUAAGGUUAUCACACUCACAUUCUGCAGAACAUUUUCAUUAAUAUUAUUGCACUCACAUUCUGCAGAACAUUUUCAUUAAAGUUAUUGCACUCACAUUCUGCAGAACAUUUUCAUUAAUAUUAUUGCACUCACAUUCUGCAGAACAUUUUCAUUAAAGUUAUUGCACUCACAUUCUGCAGAACAUUUUCAUUAAUAUUAUUGCACUCACAUUCUGCAGAACAUUUUCAUUAAAGUUAUUGCACUCACAUUCUGCAGAACAUUUUCAUUAAUAUUAUUGCACUCACAUUCUGCAGAACAUUUUCAUUAAAGUUAUUGCACUCACAUUCUGCAGAACAUUUUCAUUAAGGUUAUCACACACAUUCAGCAGAACAUUUUCAUUCAGGUUAUCGCACUCACAUUCAGCAGAACAUUUUCAUUCAGGUUAUCACACUCACAUUCAGCAGAACAUUUUCAUUAAGGUUAUCACACUCACAUUCUGCAGAACAUUUUCAUUAAGGUUAUCACACUCACAUUCAGCAGAACAUUUUCAUUAAGGUUAUCACACUCACAUUCAGCAGAACAUUUUCAUUCAGGUUAUCGCACUCACAUUCUGCACAACAUUUCUUUGGCAUAUAAAAUAGAUUGUUCUAGGUGGUUUCCCACCAUCGAGUUAGGGUGGUCCUAUUAGGUGAUUUUCUGGCUCAGUUGUUCAGAACUAAACCUAAGAACUAAAUUGUAUGUUAUAUAUUUAGAUAAAUUAAUAUAGGACCAUUUACACUCCAUUCACUUACUUGAAAGCACAUUGAGCUGAAUGGUCAGUUUUGAAAUGGGUUUUAUUGCUGCAGCAAGAUUUAUUUGAAAAUAGCUCAAUCAAAGGGAAAUUGAUUGGCAGCAGAAUUAUCCUACUCUGCUGUAAGAAAAACAAAGACACGGCCACGGUAAAGCUAGGGUCAGGGUGAGGGAUUUAGAGUUGGGUGUAACAUAAUAAGGAUAAGUAGUAGUAAGGCGUUUAAGUAGCUUUAGAAUGACUGUUAGUGUUAGAAGUGAUAGGAAUUUGGUUGCAAAUAGCUAAAAUGCCAAACAUGCACAGAUUUGGCUGGUUUUAACAGAUCUGCAAAUGGCAGCUGCAUGGUAUUGUGAAUCUGUUAAAAUAAUCAAAAUGUUCUAUUUGAAUUGUCAAAUUGGUUAAAUUUGGGCUUAGUGAAUAGACAUGCAUAGUUUGCGUUCUUUACCUCCUUUUGCUUUGUUCUAACUGCUGUCAGGUCCCUAGGUUGGUUGUUAUUUGGACCCCGGCUGUUCGGGUCCUUGCACAGUGAUAUGGUUCUCAUUCUUAAAACCUGCUUUCUUCCCGCAGCUGAUGAAGAAGCUGAAUACAGCAGCUCCGCCAAGGAUAUUAGUGGAGAAGUAUCUGAUUGAGAUUGCUAAACAGUACAACGUGCAGUUUGAGCCUGAUCUUACUGCUUUGGUGAGUGACAGCGGACAUUAAACGACCUGAAUCUGAGACAAACUCAUCAUUUCUGUUGGGAUGUUCUAUAUUAACAGUGGUCAGAAGGUAGACCCCCAUUUAUUUAAUGGAAAUGUUCUGCCCAGACCUGCUGUAUCCGACUAUGCCGUUCCUGCUCCCACUUGCUGUGCCAUUUUGGAUAUUUCUGUUCACUGAGCACCAGUUCCAGAACUCUUGUUUAUUUUGUUUCCCCUUUUAGCUGCUCCCUAUGAGCAAUCUAAUCACUCCCACAAUGACUCUCUCACCCCAGACUUCAAGCCCUCUACUUGAUAUUAACAACGCAGUAAAACUGUGGGUUAACAUCAAAAACAGAGUUUUGUUUUAUUCUAUUUUUCUGUGUAUUGCGAUCAUCUAAACCUCUCAGCCAGUGAGAUAAGCCCUGCAUUGCUUUCCUGACUCCCCUGAGAUGAUAGUGGUGCCAGGAAGCAGUGUGAUGUGGACUGUAAUAUAAUGGUUUGACUUCUUACAAUGGAGAGGCUCCAGGGAACUCCCUGGGCUAUAACGUCUACAGUGUGCUGUAGUGGUUAUGGUGCCUGAAAUGUUCCUUAAAAUAUAUUAAACAAGAUUAAUUUGUGAUUCAUCAUUACAGCACACAAAUAGAGUAAUCAUUUACCUCUGGACAAUACAUAGUGGGAAAUAAAAUAGGAGAAGCUUAAUCAGAGUAUGUACAGUUUGAUAAGAGGGUACAAUACCAACAGACACUGACAGACGUCAACAUAUCGGGCUAUGUAUAAAUAACUCUCAUCAACCCUUAUGAAUUCAGGUAAUUGUAUCAGUUGAAUGGACCGAUGCUGUUUCUAUGAAAUGCCAAGCAGUUUCUGUGGGUUCUUUAUAAUUCUUUAUAAACGUUUCAGUUUUCAAGGUUGAGAGAGGAAAUACAUCAUAGAACACUGCAGCCGUAGCUCCUGGUUUUAACAUGUGGAUCAGUAUCUCCAGGGUUUAUUCACUCUCAGUGAGACGGUUUUGUAUGUGUUUUCAAAGCAGUGGUGCAAGUUAAAUUAGCCAAACCCAUGUUUCCACCUUUUUACUUUUGGCAGUUUGUAAAUUCACACUCCUAUUAAAGAUUUAAGAGAAGAGUUUCUCAUUACCUUGACAUGUGAUACCAUCUAGCUGCGCUGGGUCCAUCUUCCUUCAUCCCAGGAGCCUUUGCCGUUCCAGGCAUGUAGAGACUAUUUAUGGCAUCUGAUGAUACAGGUACCAGUGACCCUGAUCAAUGUCUUGCUAGAGUCGCAGAUCGGUGGAAAUAUUCAGUAAUUAAUUUAGGAUUUUAUGCGGAAUUUGUAAGAAAUUGGCAAGGGAUAUGCAAAACUCGGUGCAAAAACUGCACCUUCAGUUAAAACCAAUAAUCCAGUUUUCUGUCCAAUCCGUCCAAAACAGCAGAAUUGAAAAACUUCUUCCCUCGUCAAUUCUUCAGAUUCCUCAGUAACUGCAUAAACAUGAUUGUCUUGCUGAUUGUCAUGUGCAUGCAUCUAGCUUCUGCAACAUAAAGAUAAUUUAUUAUAUUGCUUUAGACUUGGUAGAGAGAUAGAAAAUAAAAAGAAGCUACUGGAAAGAAAAAACUAAUCUCAACUUUUUUAAUAUAAUUUUUUUACAGGCUGAGGUUCCCCCUGAAGAUAACCAUGAUAAAAAGACAGGAGGACCUGGCAAUGGUGGCUUUGGAUGUCCAUAUCCCCAAAACUCAGUGAGUCUGUCAAAUGUAUAUCAAUCGCUCCUUUUCAAACCAUGGGAGAAGGGCUCAGGACAGAAGAGAAGACCUAUGUUAAAUAGAUCAUGUCCGAAGGAGAGACGGGCCACAGAGGGACAGGUUUUGGCUAAAUAGAUCUUUGAUUUUUUAUUUUUUUAAUGCAAUUGUUUGCUUUUUCUCUAGGAACUGGAUGAUCCUGUAGGAGUAUAUGAACCGUGUGCCUUUCUGCAGCCACCUCCAAGACCUCACAUAUCACCGUCUAUUCCAGACAUCCCUCCAGCUUAUGAUAUGGUAAGUUAGUUUAUCCAAGCCUGCUGGAGUAUUUGGAUAGACACACACAGAUAUUCAGACUUCUUUGUCCCAGCUGUGUUCACAUUAUUGUUGCCACCUUCUUUCCUUUCAGGCUAACCCUCCUCCUGGCUUAGUUGGGGAACCCAGGUUAUAUCCCAAACCGGAUUAUGGUGAGUACUAGGUCAGUGUGAAAUGCAUUUAAGAAAAAUUUCCAAAAACAGAACGUUUCACAGUAUCCGUGGAAAAAAAUAUAGAAAACCUCGAGCGAAUGCAUUAUUUAUAAACCACUUUACUUUAGUUUGUAAAGAACAAUAAAGUAUGUUUGUUGCAUUCAUGUGUUUAAAAUUGACUUUUAAUCAUACAUUCAUUCUCACACUGAAAACUUUGGUAUAUCAAUAUUCAGUGUAGGGGACUGCACACAACUAAAUAUUGCAUGUAGACAAUAAUCGUAUUAUGGUUCCACUGCUCCAAACCCUGAAGGGUCGCUAUGAAGAACAAAACAUUAUUUAGAUGAUUAACUUUUUUUUUGUAAAUUUGCACUCAGGGAUAUCACAACUUCAGGGCAUUUUAUGCAAAUUCCUGUAUUUUACUUAAGUGUUCCUGGUACAGUACAAUUGCGUCAAUAUGCACAAUUUAAUCACUUUAGCAGGAUCCUUAUUGUUGGUUCUCCAUCAACUGCAACAGGGCUCUGCUUGUUAGCCCAAUUCGUGCAGAUUUGGGAAGAUGGGAGGCCGAAACCUGGCAAAUAUACAAAAACCAGCAAACCGUACUAACUAAAGCAGGAAGUAAAAAAUGCAACCUCUGUACCUUUUUAUGUGGCAGUCUGUGCCUUUAUAUAUGGCAGUUGUCCGAAUGUAGUUUUACUAGUCUGUUUUAAUGAAAAAAUUACAAAAACAAUUUGGUAUAUAGAAAAAAAGAGCGUGAGUAACAGCUGCUUUUAUAAUAAUAACAAAGUGUUUAACCAGGAAAGGUACAUUCAGAUUGCUCUGGUUUCCAAGUACGUCCUGGGGAUGUUACCUUUGCCCAACAUCCAGGGGUUGUAUAGACAGGUGCCCGCAAGUAAGAAUUAUAAGAAGGCACAGCCUUUCUACAGUAUAUGUAAAUUAAAGGUCUUGCGGAUAGUAAUAUGGAAUUAUGCUUAACGGUUUUAAAAUAAAUUAAUGCUGAGUCUAUUUCAAUGAUCUCAAAUAUACGGGAACUAUCAUAUUGCUCCAUCAGUCAUUAACCAUGAUGCUCAGAGUAAAGGAUGAGUAGACAUUACUGACAGAAAUGGGUCAGAGUGCUUUCUGAUCUGCUUGGUAGCUCAGGGCCUCUCACCAGUUCCAAGUCCAGCUAUUCUACAUGAGAUUAGUAUGUAAGGAUUGAAAUGUAAUUACAGCCCAACAAUGCAACCACAAUAUUAAAUAUGACUGAAUGUAGAGAGGACUAUAUGAAGUUACAGAAAACGAUUAGUUAUGUCAUGCACACACUUAUAGUGUCACAUCAUGGAUGGCCACUGAGAUAAUGGGACCUAUGUUGGUGAUUAGGGUUAGCCAAUGUUUAACACUUCAGGCCAAGCAGAAUUAUGUGCAUGACGUUUAACACAGCUGGAAAGGUGCAGUUGCUUUGUGGAGAGAACAUGGUCCGAUUUGGUCCUGGAAGCAGAAGUACUAACCACUGACCAAUAUCUUGUACACUACCUUAUUGGUAGAGUAAUGUGCCAAGCAAAGGCUGGAAGGACUGGGCAGAGCUCGGAAAGAGCUCCAGCUGAUUUGUCUGUAAGCAUGCUUGCACUCUACACUUUCACUGACAUAUUGUCAUUUCAGGUGGGGAUUUUAACUCGCAAGAUCAGUGGCAACAAAGGGACGUCAAAGAUAGAUAUAAUCAUAUGCCAUUGCCAAAACUGCCAUCUGCACCAGCUGACCUGCCUGCAACUGAUCCCUCGCCAUACGAAGAUAUUGACUUUGAAGACCUGUCAAAAAGACUGGAUGACCUCAAAAAGAAGACGUGAAAGCUGCCAUUAUUUUGUAUAUUGCCUAAAGCUUUGUAUUGAAUCUCUGCGCCCUCAUUCUGUUUCCAUGUUUCAGUCUCUUGUUAAAGUAUGUAAUAAUGCUACUUUUGAUCACGUAAUAAAUAAUAUGCCAUAAAAUAGGCAGUUAAAGAGAAAAAGCUUAUUAAUAUGUUAAGAGGAAAUGUUUAAUACAGCUCCGACGGGAGUAGUGCUUGUCAUUAUGCUUUUUAGAACCUUUGGUUGUUAAAUUACAAUUCCCAUGAUCCUUAGUCAGCAUUGCACCAGCCAUAUACUGACUGAGCACUGUUGAAACGUUUCAACAUCAGUUGAAGCACUAUAUAAAGGAUGGUCUAAAGCAAUUGCUGCAAGAUAGUGUCAGUAGCAGAAAAUUAUCAAAUUAGAAUAAAAGUUUGUCAGCGUUUAAGAAAGGGCACAAUUUGAGAACAAAAAAAAACAACGCAGUUUGCAUUUGUUUCACAUACUUGAAGAACUUUAGUUGAAAAAAGUUACAUUUAAAAUGAGGUUUAUGGUUAAUUGUUCCCCUACAGUGUGAGCUGCUGGGUUCCGAGUACUCUACACACAGCAGUUGGUCAGUCUGUCAGGAUCACAGGCAGCAGCCUAAUAGACACUGCUUGGAGGAGGGCACUCUCGAUCAAUGACUAUAUAGAGGCUCUUGGGGGUGAUCUAAAUGGCAAUAUCUUUUACACUAAAGGUCUAUGGACAUUAGACCUUUCCAAAGAUUAUAUACUAUGACACAUCCAAGGUUAUUUUAUUCAGGAUAGUUCACCUUUGUAGCGGUGAGGUAGUGGUAGCAGGGCUUCUUCUCUGCUGGUUACUUCAACAGUGCUCAGGAACAAACAGAUUCAAGAAGGCAGGCAUAAGCAUAAGAUAAUCCACAAAUAUCCCAUCAGCCUUCCCAAUAACUGGACGACAGUAUUAGGAGCAGAACUGAACUUUAAAUGACCAGGCUGGCCUUUUAUGCAGGUUUUGUCCAAAAGGUUACCACGGGUGGACCGUGUUGGGCACAGGUUAAAAACUGAAAACAACCAAUACGCACAGAGUCAGGUAAUAAGUCACUCCCAUACAGUUCACACAAUCCCUCCCCUCUGCUUAGGAGAUAAUUGAGUUAAUUAGUGUAUCAACCCAAUUAUCUCCAAACAGAAAAAUCACAGUUUUUAUACAUUUCUAGAAGUACCCCAAAAACAUAUCAUACUCCCACAAUUCAUACAUCCCCUGGUAGCACUGAUCUUGGGGAGCAACAUACUGAAAAAUCACCCAGAUCGGUUCAGGGGUUCAACAGUUUUAUGGAGGUCUUAGUUUUACUGACUGCACACGAGGUGUAAGCUGAAAAUGGUUCCAUGUGCUUGGGCUGUGCGGUCGGACUCUGUUCGAGCGUCUGAAAUACAUGAAAGUGCAUAGAAACAUGGUUCGUGCCUUGGUUUGUUCAACUCAUCUCGUUCAUGUGAUUCCUUUCACCGAAUGCCGUUCUGUUUCCCUGAGUUUACACGAACACGUGGCGGCGGCCAUCUUAGAAUACGAAUUACACCAGCGGUGUUUGGUCGUCGAGUGUCUGGAACCCAAAUUGGACAUUCAAACUUACACAAGGAUGGAAGUCUCUGCGGUGUUCGUGCCGUUGAGUGUCCAAUUUGGGUUCCAGACCAGGGCCGGAUUAACAUAGGGGCUGAUGGAGCUGCAGCUCCAGGCCCAGGCCCAUGGAAUAGGCCCAUUGAUUUAAAAAAAAAAAUUUAAAAUUUUUUUGAAAACACUACUCUUAGAGUUGCCAGGUAUUUCUCAUAUAUUUCUUAGGGUUGCCAGGUAUUUCUCAGAAGUAUUUCUCAGGUAUUUGAGGCUGCCUAGCCGGUGCCGGUAUUGCAGUAAUACCGGCAAUACAAAAGUCUGUCUCAGUAUAAACAGAGAUUGUUCUGCAAUACCAACGCCGGCCAGUAGGCGUUGCUGUUUGUGUGGAGAGAGGCAGUGAUAAGUUACAGCAUCUCCCUCCCUGCCUCUCUCUAUUCACUGAGAGUCCAGACAGCAGCUCCGAGAUAUGAGGAAACUGAGACAUUGGGACACUGGGGAACAUGGGGAUCCUGAGACACUAGGGACACAGUGGCCCAAUGUCUCCCAGUGGCCCCUAGUCUGUGUCCCCAUGUCUCCCAGCCACUGUCCCUAGUGUUUUAGUGGCCCCAUGUCUCCAGUGUCCCCUAUAUUCAAGGAUAUAAUCUUUCAAUGUAGGGUAAUAACUGCUUGAUCCAAGGAUAAAUCUGACUGCCAUUCUGGGGUCAAGAAGGAUUUUUUUUCCUAGCUUGUUGCAAAAUUGUGCUUUAAACUGUUUUUUUUUUUGCCUUCUUUUGGAUCAACAGCAAAAAACAAAUGUGAAGAAGGCUGAACUUGAUGGACGCAAGUCUCUUUUCAGCUAUGUAACUAUGUAACUAUGUCUCUAAGUGUCCCCUAGUGUCUUAGUGACAUGGGGACACAGACUCUAAGGGACACUGGGAGACAUGGAGACACUGGGGCACACAGGGAGACAUGGGGACACUGGGAGACUUUGAGACCUAGGAAACAUGGGGCACUCCCAGUGUCCCCAUGUCUCCCAGCCAGUGUCCAUAGUAUCUCAGUAUCCCCAUGUGUCCCUGGUGUCUCUCAGUGUCUGUAGUGUGCCAGUGUCCCUAGUGUCUCAGUGUUUCCUAGUCUCCCAAAGUCCCCUAGUCUCCCAAUGUCUCCCAGUGUCCCCAUGUCUCCAAGUGUCUCAGUGUCCCCUAGUAUAAAAGAAAAAAUCUCAGGCACUCACAGUGAUAGAUUUAGGUAGGUUUAUUGGACACUGCAACAUUUCGACCUGUACCCAGGUCUUUAUCAAGUCUCAAAUAUCCCCUAUGUAUCAGUGUCCCCUAUGUAUCAGAGUGUCUCAGUGCCCCAUGUCUCUCAGUGCCCCAUGUCUCUCUGCCCGUAGUGUCUCAGUGUCUCCUAGUAUAAAAGAAAAAAAUUUCAGGCACUCACUGUGAUAGAAUAACGAAUUAUUUAUUUUUAGUUUACAUAAAUUUUACAUUAAAUAACCCUCGUUUUUACAUGACAUUUACACUAAUACCAUUAUAUGUCUCAAUAUAUUAAUGCUGUAUAUUAUUUUCUAUCUUUUGUUUAUGUAUUCUCUAUUUAUAUUUUGUACCGCCCUGAUUGGUGAUUGUUUUUUGGCGCCAAUUUUGAAUGUAUGUAUAAGCUAUAUAUACUCCUUAUGUGCCAGGUACUAAUACUAUUCCAAUUUGAUAAAGCCUCUACGGCGAAACGCG